GUUUCAAAACAGGUCACAUUUUUGUAAAACUUAAAAUAAAUGUCUUAUCAAUGACUUUCCAAGUCCAGGGAGAUGGAAAAUAACUUACAACACUAACGGCAGCUUUUGUGUUCACCAAAAGGUAACACAAAAUUGACGUUUCAAAGUCAUCCCAAGUUUCUUAUCGCGGCACACGGGUUCGUUAUCAGCAGAUGACCGAGGAGUCAAUGGGACUGGCCGCAGAGGAGCCGUGGGAAGAGGCCAGCUUGGGCUGCGUGCACCCGCCGAGUGUCUCUGAUAAGUUAAUGGCCUCUGACGAUAACGACCUGUUAUAAAUGACAGCUGUUUCGUUUGAGAGCUGAAGACGUCCGCCAGUCGCCCGCGGAACAUUUUUUUUUUUACUCGUGCAGCGCGUCUUCUGCCAUGGAGUCAAGCUGGAUGCGGGUCUCGGCGGCUGGCAUUUUGACAGUACUGCUGCUGGUGGGUGGAACAUGGGCCGACACGCCUGCCAACUGCACACGCGAAGAUGUGGUUGGCGAGUGGUUGAUCCAGGAGUCGGCGAGAAGCUACGACCAUACCGUCGACUGCAACAACAUCACUGGUGUGGUCAGGACCUCCACAAUACGGCUGGAGAGCCCCAACGUGGUCAUCGACGAGUACGGCAACCGAGGUCACUGGACCAUGAUCUACAAUCAGGGCUUCGAGGUCACCGUCAACGAGCGUUCCUACUUCGCCUUCUCUGACUACGACGAUCGGUCCGAGGAGGUGAUCAGCUACUGCAACCGCACUCAGCUGGGCUGGGCGCAUGAUGUCACACUGAGGCACUGGUCCUGCUUCACUGCACACAAGCCUGCAUCCAGUGGUGAGCCCAAGACACACUCACCGCCGCGCCUGCCCGACCACGAAGAGCUGUCCAGGAAGGUGACCAUGCAUUCACACGAGGCUGUGGUGCAAAAGGUGAACGCAGCCCAGUCGUCAUGGCACGCCGAGCUGCACAAGCCCUUCGUCGGCCUGACUCGCCGCCAGCUGCUCCUCAUGGCCGGCGGCCAUAGGUCGUGGCUGCCAUACCGCCCCCGACCAGCCCCGGCCAGCGAGGAACUGAAGAAAGCUGUCGCCAAGUUGCCUAAACAAUUUGACUGGAGGAAUGUCAGUGGAAUCAACUAUGUGUCUCCCGUCAAAAACCAGUAUAGCUGUGGCAGUUGCUUCAUCUUCUCGACAAUUGGCAUGCUGGAGGCUCGCACCAGAGUGCGCACCAACAACACCCAGCAAACACUCUUCUCGGAACAGGAGGUGCUGAGCUGCGACCAGAUGGCGCAGGGCUGCGACGGUGGCUUCCCCUACCUCGUCAGUCGCUACACCAGGGACUAUGGUGUGGUCGAGGAGUCCUGCUACCCUGCUUAUUCUUCCAACGCCGGGACGUGCGAGAGAAAAUCCUGUGACCGUCACUACGUUGCCCGCUACCGCUACAUAGGAGGGUAUUUCGGAAACUGCAACGAGGAAGGCAUGAUGCUCGCCCUAAUGAGGGGACCCAUAGCUGUCAACUACGAAUACCACAGUGACCAAUACCACUACAAGAGUGGCGUGUACCACUACACUGGUGUGGAUGAUCCCAGCAUGGAAUACCCCUACUAUGUGGUGAACCAUGCAGUGUUAGUAGUGGGCUAUGGGGUGGUCGAGUCCACCGGUGAGAAGUACUGGAUCGUGAAGAACAGCUGGGGAGCCACGUGGGGUGACCACGGUUACUUCCUCAUUCGCCGUGGAACCAACGAAUGUGGCAUAGAGAGCCUCGCCUCUGAGUCCGACCCUAUUCCAUAACUCACAUCAACUAUUGUAGCCAUGUAAACUAUGGGCAACAAUGUAUCAGUGAAUGUGCAAGAAUCCAGGAAUAAAAAUAUGUCCAUGAAGUCCA